AUGAUGGGCAAGGACUACAUGCUGGCCAUCAUCAUUGUCAACUGUGACGACAACAUCUGGAGCGACCAGAACCUUCUGCCGGACCCGGACCUUCCCGCCGGAUGGAGGACCAUCCGAGACUCCGCCGGAACCUACUAUUGGCACGUGCCCAGCGGAACCACCCAGUGGCAUCGACCCAGACUCGAGGGGAAGCCGCAGCCGCAGGUAAAAACGACACCGUUGGCUUUCCUUCUUGUCCAGGCGGACGGCGGAGCUCGGACGUCCGACGUCUCCCGUCGCCGUGACGACAACUCGCAGUGUUUCUCGGUGCGCUCGCUGGGCUGGCUGCAGGUGGAGGAGGACGACCUGUCCCCGGGGCGCGGCGGCCUGGCGGUGGGGGACAUCAUCCGGCAGCUGUCCCGCCCCCCGGGUCCGGGGGUCUCGGGCGAGGGCCGCGAUAUGAGGCUGCUCCUGAAGCGGGAAACGCUCACCCUUCUGGACCCGACGGACCACACCCCCUUGUACCAUCAGCCCAUCGUCAACAUCCGCGUGUGGGGGGUGGGCGGUGACAACGGCAGGGACAGGGACUUUGCCUUCGUGGCGGCCGACAAGGACAGCUGCGUGCUCAAAUGUCACGUCUUCCGCUGCGACGCGCCCGCCAAGGCCAUCGCCGGCGCGCUGCAUCGCAUGUGCUCGCAGAUGAUGUCCCAGAAGACGUCCCGCUCUCUCUCCGUGGACAGCGUCUCGCCGGAGGAGCCUCCGCGACGAGCUGAAUUCUCGGGGGCGGGGUUCCGAAGCGUCCGCAAGUUCGACGUCCACUACGUUGGCAACCUGCCCGUGUCCCGCGCCAUGGGCAUGGAGGUGUUAAACUUGGCCAUCGAGAGCAUCGUCAACUCCACCCGUCGUCACGAGUGGGAGGCGGCCGUCAUCCACGUGACGGACAGCUUCCUGUCCGUCUUCAAGCAGCAGCAGGAGGGGGAGGAACCGAUGUGGGCGUGCCAGGUGCGAUUCCUCAGCUUCCUGGGCGUCGGUCACGACAGCCGCACCUUUGCAGUCAUCGCCGACGGCGGCCGGCAGCGUUUCGAAUGUCACGUCUUCUGGUGCCGGCCGGACGCCGGCCUCUUGUCGGAGGCCGUACAGGCCGCCUGCAUGGUUCAGUAUCAGAAGUGUUUGGUGGCUCAGACGCCUCCGCCCAGGAGCCGAGUGCGGCACGAGGCCACGCCCAAAGUGAAACGCGCCAACUCGAUGGACGGCGGCGCCUUCCAAAGCGGCGGCGCCACCACGCCGCGAAAGGGGAACGGCGGCGCGCGGCGGGGCAUGAUGGCCUUCUUCGACAGCUUCCGGAACAAACGGGCCGCCGCCUCGUAA